UUUCACACACACACACACACAUCAAUCUUUCUUCCUUUAUAAACAUCUCUUCUUUCCCUUCUUUCCUUAGGGGCUUGCUCAAUCCAAAGCACUCCCCAUUUCCACAUUUCCCAAUAACCAUACAUUCAUUUUCUUUCAUUCCUAUUCCACGAUAUCAUAAAUCAAUCGUCCUAUAUUGAUAUCUGCAUAUAUCAAAAAUUUAGUGUGAAAUUAUAAUGGCAUCGCCAUCUGACACUAGCAAAAACACAAAGCUAGAGCGCUACAACAGUUAUAUUCGAAGAGUUAAUAGUACAAAACUGAUAGCUGCAUCGUCCAAACUUUUAUUUCGUGUCACUUUAUUAGUAGCGUUGUUACUUAUUUUCUUCUUCACUAUAAAUUACCCUCCGUUAACUUCGGAAAAAACUUUCAAUAAUAAUAUUCACACUACUACCCAUAACCUUCUUUCCUCCGCUAUUUACGGUGGUGGGGCUUCGUGGGAAAAACAAGUUCGUCACUCCUCGACGCCCCACCGCCCCAAUGGGCUCUCCGUCCUUGUGACAGGAGCAGCUGGGUUCGUUGGUUCUCAUUGUUCUUUAGCAUUGAAGAAACGAGGUGAUGGUGUUCUUGGCCUUGACAAUUUCAAUUCUUACUACGAUCCUUCAUUGAAGCGAGCUCGUCAAAAUCAGUUAUCGAAGCAUCAGAUUUUCAUUGUUGAAGGUGAUAUUAACGAUGCCGAGCUUCUCAGAAAGCUUUUCGACAUUGUUCCUUUUACUCAUAUCCUUCAUUUAGCUGCACAAGCUGGUGUUCGUUACGCGAUGCAGAAUCCUCUCUCUUAUGUGAACUCAAACGUAGCUGGAUUUGUUAAUCUGUUAGAAAUCGCUAAAGCCGCAGAUCCACAACCUGCAAUUGUUUGGGCUUCGUCAAGCUCUGUUUAUGGAUUGAACACCAAAAUCCCGUUUUCCGAAGAGCACAGAACAGAUCAACCAGCGAGUUUAUACGCAGCAACGAAGAAAGCAGGGGAAGCAAUUGCACAUACAUAUAACCAUAUUUACGGGCUUUCAUUAACUGGUUUGAGAUUUUUCACUGUUUACGGACCUUGGGGAAGACCAGACAUGGCGUAUUUCUUCUUCACUAAGGAUAUGAUUCAGGGGAAAUCGAUUAACGUGUACGUUACCCCGGAUGAUAAAGAGGUGGCGCGUGACUUCACGUACAUCGACGAUAUUGUUAAAGGAUGCGUCGGCGCGUUGGACACGGCGGAGAAGAGCACCGGAAGCGGCGGAAAGAAGAGAGGUCCGGCGCAAUUGAGGGUUUACAAUUUGGGGAAUACUUCACCUGUGUCGGUGAGGAAGUUAGUGGCAAUUCUCGAAAAUUUGUUGAAUGUUAAGGCUAAAAAGAAUGUUGUUAAAAUGCCACGAAACGGUGACGUUCCGUUUACACAUGCUAACGUGAGCCUUGCGUUAAGGGAUUUUGGUUAUAAGCCUACAACUGAUUUGUCGAGUGGAUUGAGGAAAUUUGUGAAGUGGUAUGUCAGUUAUUAUGGGAUUCAAUCGAGGGUAAAAAAGGAAAACGAAGGGGAGAAGUGAAAAGACUAUUCUACCCCUUCUUUCAAUAUAUACAUAUUUUUUAUUUCUUUUGAUGUUUUUGGAUCAAAUUGUGUUUACUUGUUUAUUUUUAGUAUAGAAAUAGAAUUUUAUAUUUAUAAAAAAUAAGAAAAUCUGAGAAGGGUGGAAAUGGCAAGUGUAGAUCUAUGAAAAGUGGGAUUUAUAAUAAUGUAUUUCUAAAGGGUAUUAUUAUUGUAGGUAGGAUUUAAGAAAAAAAGAGGUUGGCUUUCUCUUUUCUGUACCAAGAAAAAAAAUGGUGCAAAAAUUGUAAUAUUUUGGAACAACAAUGAUGAUUCCAUCUCCAGAUUAA